AUGAAGCCCAAUCCCCAAGUCUUCCCCGAACGCCCCCAUUCCUCUCCCUCCUCAACGCCAUCCCCCAACUACAGUAAUCCUUGCGUUCCCAGCUUCGUAACCAGGGAAGAGCUCAAGGACAUUCUGGUGGAGGUCCUCCGAAUGAAAGAAUCAUCGGGCCCUUCACAAUCUACUACAAAGUCUGGUGCUCCUGGCCCAACCGCCGAACUAGACACAGAAGCGAACGAGAAUGAAUCGACCAAAUGGCCCGAGCAUCAAAAGUGGAGUACACAACCCUGGAACAAGAAGCAGCAUCUUUACGAGAUUGUGAAAGAUGUCGUGGACCCGUCGGACCCGUGCGACAAAUACAAAGAAUAUAUCAAGACCUACCUUGACUAUAAAUCGCCCGAACUUGUGGAUAUCCUUCGACGUGUGUUGCUAGAUGUAAGGGCUGUCAGUUUGCGGGAAGAUAAGCCAUCGGUGCCGGUUGACGUCCUCUUCCAAUUUCUACCGGAGCUCGAGGAUUUAUACAAAACCCUUGAAGCCGAUUCGACUGCUGGAAAACAUCUUUACCUGCUUACUGAAUUCUUGAAAAGACACUUCUCUCCGUUGAGGGAUCGCUUAAACUCCCUGUUGGACCAUCAAGAGAUUACUUUUGAGCUCCUCUGGGCAAUGUUCAAGCCAAAUGAGCUUAUCUUUAUGGUUGAUCCAUGUUCCGAGCAGCCUCGGUGUUUCGUUUAUGACUCGGGGGAUCACUUCGAGAUUGAAUAUCGGUCGCUCGACUACGACGGAAAGGUAUUCGGUGAGGUGACAACGGUGCUUCAGAUCCCGAAAUUUCGAUCCGCUAGAAAGAUAUCCGACCUGGGGGCCUUCCCUCUGAAAUUUCAUAAUCGCAAAGCCAAAAUCGAGGUUGAGCUCUCUGAGCGAGGCCGCAAGUUCAAGGGCCUUAUGGCGUCGCCUACAGCGAAUAUAAAGGUCUUGCCCAUCUCAAGACGAAUAAAGGCCCAUUCAAAGAAAGACCAGAAGACGGUGAAGCCUCUAAAUCUAGAUGCCAAGAACAUGACAGGCAAGGAGUACAUCCUCUGCAGCCCCAUGGUCCUGGGCUUCAGUCUCAGCAAAAGGGUGUGGGCGGAAUUCGCCAUUUCAAAUAUCCGUCCCAUCGACUGGAGCCAGCUAUCCUCGUUCGAUCACUUGGAGAUCCCUAAAGAAAAGAAAAUCAUGAUCCAGAUGAUGGUGGAGAGCUACAGGCCUGGCUCGGAGAUAUCGUCCUUCGAUGACAUCGUCGUCGGAAAAGGGAGAGGCCUCAUAUUCUUGUUGUACGGGCCUCCUGGAGAUGGGAAAACCUUGACAGCGGAGAGCACUGCGGAUCUCCUGAGAAGGCCACUCUACUCGGCAUGCGCUGGCGAUUUCGGAAUCAAAGCAGAUGAUCUGGAAGAACAUCUGUCUCGAGUCCUUGACCUUGUCCGUCGCUGGGAUGCGAUAUUGCUUCUAGACGAAGCUGAUGUCUUUCUGAGCGAACGCAGCGUCAACGGCCUGCAUCACAACGCUCUCGUCUCUGUGUUUCUCCGUUCGCUCGAGUAUUUCGAAGGGAUCACGUUCCUUACUACCAACCGGCACACCACGCUGGACCCGGCAAUGCAAAGUCGGAUACACGUCAGUAUAAAAUAUGAAUGCCUGAGUUGGGAAGCCAAAUCCCGAGUGUGGAACAAACAAUUGAGCAAUGCUGGUGCAAAAAUCUCGAGAAAGGAGUUGGAGAAACUGAUGAAUAAAAACUCAAAUGGGCGACAGAUCAAGAACAUUGCCCGAGCCACGUUUGCACUGGCUAAGGGAGGGGCGAUCACCACCACGCCUAUCGAGACAGCUCUGAAAUGCGCCGAAGACUUCGAUCAGGACUUCCAUGACGCGGGAGCGCUAGAUAAUAUGAGAGCAUAUACAUGA